UCAUUUGUUCUGCUUUUCUCUGAUUCUCCUUUGGCACCAGCAGCAAGUCGGGGUGUGUGGCUGUGGACUGCAUGGAGCUCCAAUCGAUAUCUCGUUCUGCUUUCACUGGGUACUUGUACCUCUCAGUGAGCUAUCAACUAUGUAAGCUAAAAAAUCAUUACAAGUUUGGUUUAGAGAACAACUUGGUAGGUGUUAGAUCCUUCCACAACCAAUUGAAGUCAGCAAUGAAACAUUCAUCCAAAAGCAUUUGUGCUUCCAAUUUUAGUUCAAGUAAUGUUCAUGAGGAUCUAUAUUUACCUCCUUCUACUGCACGCGUAAUGUACUCUGUAGCUCCUGCCAUGGGUCAUAACCAGGAGUCACAUCCAGAAUCUCAUUUGAGAGUUCCUGCAAUCAUAAAUGCUUUGGAAAAGAUGGAACUCACUUCAAAGUAUCGUGGGUCAGAGGUCUUUGAACUUCAAAAUUUCAGGCCUGCUUCUGUAGACGAUAUUGCAAAUGUUCAUGCCAGAGCUUAUGUAUCUGGUCUUGAGAAGGCCAUGGAUCAAGCUUCUCAAGAAGGUAUUAUAUUCAUUGAUGGAUCUGGACCAACUUAUGCUACUUCAACUACAUUUCAAGAGUCACUAAUUGCAGCAGGUGCAGGGAUUUCUUUAAUCGAUUCAGUGGUAGCAGCAUCAAGGAUUGACAAUAAUCCACCUGUGGGUUUUGCUUUGAUAAGGCCUCCAGGUCAUCAUGCUAUUCCAAAAGGUCCUAUGGGAUUCUGUGUCUUUGGAAAUAUUGCUAUUGCUGCUCGUCAUGCUCAACGUGCACAUGGUUUAAAGCGGGUUUUUAUCAUUGAUUUCGAUGUCCACCAUGGGAACGGAACAAAUGAUACAUUCUAUGAUGACCCAGAUAUAUUCUUCCUUUCUACUCAUCAGGAUGGAAGUUACCCUGGUACCGGUAAGAUUGAUGAGGUGGGUCAUGGGCGUGGUGAAGGAACAACAUUGAAUCUACCUUUACCAGGAGGCUCUGGUGAUGCUACAAUGAGAUCUGUUUUUGAAGAAGUCAUAGUGCCAUGUGCCCAAAGGUUCAAACCAGAUAUCAUUCUUGUCUCAGCAGGUUAUGAUGCCCAUGUGUUGGAUCCGCUUGCCAACCUGCAAUUUACAACCGGUACAUACUACAUGCUUGCAUCAAACAUCAAGCAACUAGCUAAAGAGUUGUGUGGGGGCCGUUGCAUAUUCUUUCUUGAAGGAGGAUACAACCUCCAGUCUCUCUCAUAUUCUGUGGCAGACUCUUUCCGGGCUUUUCUCGGUGAACCAAGCUCAGCUUCCCAGUUUGAUGACCCAGCCAUAUUAUAUGAGGAACCGUUGGCUAAAGUGAAACAAGCAAUACAGAGAGUGAAGUCCAUUCAUUCCAUUUAAGAAGCGUCUAUAUAUAGAUCAAAUUACAUUGACUGCUUAUGGUCUCAGGCUCCCAGCCUACUGCUAUGAUGUAUUUUUGUGUGAUAUGGUUGUAUAGAUCAAGUUUCCUUUUUUGUUUUUUUCCCUGUUUCAAUUAAACACCACUAGUUCAUGAAGGUGAUGGAAUAUUUUUAUGUAUUUUCUGUAUUGCUUUUAUAUACAAAACCCAUGUUGGGAGGCAGAGUAGGGUGUUAACCACUAAGUAAAGGUUACAUGAAAUGAGCUUAAUCUUCUCA